AUGGCGGAAGCUUUGGCCGUGGUGGGCAUUGUGGCCAGUUUGGCACAGCUUGGAAACUUGGGAUGGCAAAUUGCGAAGCGGAUCAAUGACUACCAGGUGUCGACUAAAGGUGUGCCCAGUAUCUACCGCGAGAUUUCGAUUCAGUUACCUCAGAUCAUCGACAUCUGUACGAAAAUCCAGAAGGAAAAUGAAACAUUUGGCUCCAGUCCAGCCUUUGUUCAGGUUGUUACGAGUUGUGUUCAACAUGUGCAGACUUUGGACGAGCUGGUCUCCAAAGCACUACCAGUGAAAGGUGAUUCCGCAAUAAAGCGAGCGAAAAAAGCAGUCGCCAGUGUCCGGUUGGAGAAGCGGCUGAUUGAGCUUCAACAAACGUUGGAGUCAUACAAGUCCGCACUCGUACUCGAAAUCGGUCAUCAAACGCAUGCUGCACUCCGUCCGGAGAUACCAUCAAUGACAGGGCCAGUGAAAGGAACUUGCUACCAUCUUCCCCCCUCUCAAGUAUCUUUGUUUAUUGGGAGGAAGAAAAUCCUCCGUGAGAUGACUGAGAUUUUAUGCCCAUCAGUUCGCGAUCCUGAGCGGCCUGUUGUUGUGGUGCUGUGCGGCAUGGGUGGCCAAGGGAAGACCCAAUUGGCGUUGGAAUAUUGUCGACAAUCACAACAAAUUGGGCGAUACAACUCAAUCAUGUGGAUCAAUGCAGCUUCAAGGAUCUCUAUUGCUAGGAGCUUUGAAGAAGUUGCCGACCACAUCACCAAAUUCAAGCGAGCCUUCUCCGAUCCUUCAGCUUGCGUUCACUUCACUAUGGAGACACUUGAGAGAUGGGCCAGUCCUUGCCUGAUAAUCUUUGAUAAUUUUGAUCAUCCAAGUCAAAUGAAGAACAUUAUGGAUUACUGUCCCAAAAUCAAAGAGGUGGGAAUCAUUUUCACCACGAGGAAUCUUGACGUCGGGAGACUCGGGCUCUCCUUGGACGUCGAGGCGAUGGAGGAACAAGAGGCUGUGGAGUUACUGCUACACCACAUUCGACGCCCGUCAGUGGCCGAGUCUGUUGAAGGAGCUAGACUGAUUGCUCAGAAGUUAGGAUUCUUGGCAUUGGCAAUUGAUCAAGCAGGGGCAUAUAUAAAUGCCCGAAAACUUCCUCUCCGAUCCUUCAUUGAUCAUUAUGAGAAUAGAAAAGAGCAUGUGAUGAAGCACACACCUCAGUUGUGGGAUUAUCGAAGAAAGCUCAACAAUGCAGAGGAAGAGACGUCACUGAGUGUCUUCAGCACAUGGGAGUUAUCGUUUCGAGAGAUGGCCGGUAACAAAGUGACGCACGAAUCAAUGAGCCACUUACUCACGCUCUCUGCCUUCUUUUCCAAUCGUCACAUCAGUGAAAACAUCUUUCGGGCACAUUUUGAAGGCCAUGACCCGCGUCCAGGUUGGAUGCAUAUCUUCGAAACGGACGGCAAGUAUGAUACUUAUAAAUAUGAGGACAUUAUUGCAGAACUAUCCAAUCUUUCAUUGCUGAAUAGUGAUGCCUCCGAAGAAGAUGCUCAUUUUUCUCUACACCCCCUGGUUCGCGACUGGAUACAACUUCGAAUGGCCUUGGAAGAGCGCGGGGGCUAUGCUAUUGAAGCGACCCAUUAUUUGACAUCUAAUAUUCGAGCAGAGUUGAAUGCCAAGGAACGCUCAGUACCACGGACACGACAUAUUCUGUCCCACAUAGAUGCCUGCUACGAGAAUUGUAAGAGGCAUAUUAAAUCGCCCAUGUAUGCACGAUCCGGGGUUCUCCGCGAAUCUCUGAUUCAGUUUGGAAAUUUUUAUAACAUGCAUGGUCGACAUCAACAAGCAGAGGAAAUAUUUCGGGAAAUUUUGAAGGAGGACGAACUCGGCCGGGGAUAUGGUGACCUCGAAACACUCCAAUCGAGGUUAUACUUAACUCAAGUCUACUAUAACCAGGGACGUUAUGGAGAAUGCAGAAAAAUGCUGCUCGAGAUUCAGGAUAAGCAGGAACUACAGCCACCCCUUAUUCCCAACACUCUCAGAACAUCCACCCUCUUGGCGAGAGUUUGUUUUCGAGAGGGCCUGUAUUCUGAAGCUGUGGCCCUGUAUCAACAAGCCCUUAGUGGAUAUGCGACCGGUAAAGGAUUAGAUCAGACUGAUACACUGAAGAUCUACGAAGAUCUUGCCAUGGUCCUAAGAAACCAAGGAAGCCACGAAGCAGCCAUCGAAUACUAUCAUAAAGCAUUAGUAGGAUAUGAAAAGCAGUAUGGGCCGAAUAGCUUCCAGAGCUUGAAGCCAUUGGUACACCUCGCAGACACAUAUCGCAACCAAGGGCUGUACGAGAAGACGUUGCCUUUGUACCAGAAGGCGCUGGAGGGAAACGAGAAGCAAUUCGGAAUCGAUCAUCUCAACACGCUAGAGAACAUGGUAAAUUUAGCCAUCAACCUCCGUAAUCUAGGUCGCUAUGCAGAUGCCGAGCAUCUAUUUUCUAAGGCACUUCAUGGGAUCGAAAAGAUCCUGGGGGAAGGCCACCUUGAUACUCUCCGUACAAUGAUGAACUUUGCCAUUAACCACCACAAAAUGGGCAACUAUACGGAAGCAGAAGUCCUAUAUCAUACCGUUCUCGAAGGUAGAGAGCGCGUCCUGGGCCUGGACCACCAUUAUACCUGGCGGACCGUCGAGUGCCUAGCAGAUCUUCUCUGGCUCCAAGGAAAGCAAGACGAAGCAGAGCGACUUGCCCAACGAGCAAUGCGUGGAUCUAGACGCCAAUCUUGGAAUAAAACCCGCCAUACCCAACGCGCCUCCGAACGUUCUCCUGAGCGCAACCAGCUGCAGCGCCUCGCACCUCCGCCGCGCCUCCGUUCCGAGCCUAUACUGACCCAUAGCAUCGACGACAAGAUAUUUCCCGAUAUGGAAGCCCUGUUUCUCCGCGCGCUGCAUCGCGACCAGGUGAAUCUCAGGGGCAAUCACGCGGAUAUGCUAGAUACGAUGACGACUUUGGCGAAUGUGUAUGUGGCGCAGAAUAGGUACAAUGAGGCGGAAAACCUAUUCACACAGGUAUUGGAGGUGGCGAAGAGCAGGUAUGGGUUAGAGCACAGGGAUUGCGCAAGACUCAUCUUAUCAUUGAAUGAGUUGAAUGAACUUCAAGGGAAGGAAUACGAUUCCGGUUAUGAUGGAUUUGAGGACGACUCAGACGAAGAACUUCCCAUGACGAAACUUGAGAUAUAA